AUGGCAACCUUGGCGGCCAUUGGCAUUACGGCAGGAGGUGGUUUGGGGAUUCUUACCAUUACAUUGGGAUGUUUUACUGCAGCCGUGAUCAAUCGAAAUAUAUUUGUGGCGGGUCGCUGUGUGGCGCGUCCCAAGGAUGUCAUUUACAAUCCAAACCCAAAGCAUCCAUCGCAAGAUCGGGGGUACACUCCACUGGGAUGGAUGAUCUGGGCCAUGUCAUUGUCAUAUGAUACGUUAUUAAAUGGGGUACCGGGGACGGGGACAAGAGAUGGAGGGUUGAAGGGGCAUCUUUUGAAAGUUAAUUUGGAUUACAUUGUCAUUUUACGGUAUCAUCAUUUGGGGAUGAAGGUCUGUGCGUUGGCAUCCGUUCUGUAUUUGGCCGUGAUCAUGCCAUUGUAUUCGACGGCUAGGUGUUCCAGUCUGAGGGGAGAUUUGGACACACCCGAGUGCAUAAAUACCACCUUGACGGAUUACCAGCAAUUGACUCUGGCCAAUAUUCCGGAGCUCGACCCGUAUGAAGACGAAGAUAGUAUAUUGAUGGCAUUAGUCAAUGUUGCCAAACGAACAAACAUGGGAAGACUUUAUACAGCUGUGGCGUGUACGUGGAUCAUUACAUGGUAUACGAUGAAAUUGCUUCACCUGGAAUGGUUGGACAUUCUGGCUAUGAGAAGAGUCUACUACCUCGAAGCGGAUCAUUGGAAAGAUCGAAGGGAAGAACUAGACAAUAUUGCAGAGGAGCAGAAUCGAAAAGAUGCCUCUCGGAUUGAAAAGCGGUCGAUAUGGGUGCCACAUCCAGAAUUGCGCGAUACAGUUCCAAAUAUUGAGCUCUACAGCAUCCUUGUAGGAGGGCUUCCAUCUCUGCCAACGGAUGCUGUGCAGGACGUAGAGGCAGUCUUUUCCAAAAAGCAAAGUAUGGAUUGGCAAUUGUCUGUGACUACAGCUUUCUUUGACCACUGUGUCCCAAAUCAGCCCGGAUUCAGUUCGAGUGUGGCAGCAGUUACCAUUUUACCAGCCGCAACACAAAUCACAGAUGCCUGGCAACAAUGGUACAAGGCGGCUGCCAAAGUUCGAAAGUUACGGUACAUUCGGGAGCGGAUAAGAUAUGUCAAGGGGAAGGAAGGGAGUGACACGGAGGGGUCUGGGAGUGAUGUCGACUUGGGGGUCGACCAAGAGACGGGACAUCCAAUAUUGCGACGACGAACCUCGUUGCACCAUGACGAUAUUCUCGGUUCGCAAACGGAUGUGGAAGUAGAGGACCAUCUCUUCCAUGCACUGAACCUUGGACCAGAACAAACAGCCGUAUAUGGGAGAGAAUUCGCACAAGGAGCAGCCAACUUUGCGCCACAUGGCUGGUUUGAAUGGAGAAUCAAUAAUGCAGGCUUGAAAGAGCUCUUGGUCAUGGAGGAAGCAGCUGCUCGGGCUGUCUCACGAGCCAAUGUAGAGCUACAGGAAGCUCGAGAUCGAAUUGGAGAGAAUAGUGAGUCGGAGCACAUUUCAGUGGCAUCUGAAGAUAUCAACACAAACAUUACGAUGCAGCAGCAGAUAUUUACACCAUCGUUAUCGGAAAAUCAAGCACCAACCCUGGUAUUGCCCACGUCAAUGAAGUCGAAUAAAUCGGUUGCGCCAUUAUUGUCAGAAAGACACAACCCAGCAAGCUCUAUGAAAUCCGAGAAUAGUCAGAAAAGAAGUUUUUCAUCCACUCACUCGCAUCAUUCUAUUGACCUUGAUGGUUCGAACAAAUCCAACAAAUCCAAUGAAACUCAUUCCCCUAGGAACUCGGGGAAAGGCGGAAAAUCGAAGAAGUUGUCGAGGGAAAGCAUGGCACAACUUCCUACAGCUCUAGGACUGGAAGUAGGGUUAUGGGCGGAACGAAAUAAUUCUGGCCAAGCGCAAACCAGGAAAUCAAGGGGACGGGGUGGGACAUCAAGAAUCAUGUCGGUGGAUCUUGACGGAGCGCGACAAAUGGACAGUACGCAGAAAAAUUACUACAAUGAUAUGGCAAAAAUGAGAAGUCGGCAUUCGACCGGCACACAAAACAGAACAUUGGCGAAGAGGACCUCUUUCGAUGACGACGAUACACUUGCGAAUAAAAGUCGGAUACAAAGACCAUCGCUGAAAAAAGCUGUUACAACUGGAACUCCAAACGUUGACAUGGGGAAUAUUUCAACGCUACUAAAAAACAUUCUGAAGACAGGUGAAGGGAGGAUGGAGAAUGGGGCUGAAAGUGUCUCAUCGAACGGUAAAAACGGCGGAAGUGGCAGCUCCUCUGAGAUUUGGGAAACCCUGGACAAGGAGACGGAAAGGAAAGAGUCCCUUCGAGCUCGUAUAACUAAAAGGAAGCUGGAAGUGGAUGCGAUGGACACGACGGGACCGACGGCAAGUGAUACUGACAAAAAUGAUUCGAAAGAAACUACAUCAGUUGCACCGACCGCAAACAAAACGGAUACGAGUGCGGCAGCUGCACCAGAAUCAAAGGGGAAUGGAACUGAGAACGAAACCAAAACAAAUACGCCGUCGUCCAUCAUGCGGCCACGAGAGCAUAAUGAAAAUACUAAUAUGUAUGCCGAUUGGGUGAACGAAGAUGUCGAAGAUGAAGUUGAGGAGAAUCUUGAGAUUGCUUACAAUUUCGAACAACGUGCUGGACUUCGCAAACGAGAAAAUGCUGUUUCAUUUACUGAACACGCCAGUCAUACUGAAAAAUGGGGGAAGGUGAUGAGGAUUGUAGAAGAGACGGCAAAAGAUAUGAAUGGUGGGAACUCAAGGAAACGAGUUAUUUCCAACGGUCGUUGGACUUGUCCAUCCUUUCGAAGCAUAUGUGGGGGAGUGAGCGAUAGAGUAUCUCAGUGCUUGGACAACUUCAAAAUAAAGUCACCAGAACUAUUGGAUGAUUUUGCUAGCGAUUCUACGUAUGCUGUGGUGACGUUCACUUCCAGACAAGCUGCUGUGGCAGCAAGGCACAGUCUAGCAGAUUCAAGAGGGGCCGAUCGAUGGGUAAAUCUCAGCGACUUGCCCACUCCCCCACUGGCUGAUGCUCCUGUGUGCAGCACGUCAUGUCGAGGCUGUGCGAGGCCAGUCACAUUCAGCAUCAGUGAUACGCAAAAGAAAAUACGCCACUUUGUUGCUCUCUUAUGCUUGGCGAUCGUAUACUUUUUCUACACAAUUCCACUGACUGCCGUCCAAGACAUGGUGUCUGAAGAGAGGUUAACCGAGCUGUAUCCAGAAAUCAAUGAAGCGCAAGCAUCAAACCCCAUAAUGGCAAAUAUUUUCCUCGGUUUGAUUCCAGCCCUCAUUUGGAUAUUGUUUUUUGCUUUUCUGUUUACUUGGUUGGGAUGGAACUGCUGCCAAAGAGCUGUAAGGGGAGGAGGCGCUGGACCUCCAAUUCCGUAUAGAAUAUACGUUGACUCCGGGGUGGUCCUACUGUGUUUGUUCGGACUUGCUCCGGCAUCACCGUUGAUCGCGCCUGCUGCAUGCCUUUACUUCCUUCUUUGCUUGCCACUGCUCCGCUGGACCAUGAUUUUCUUGUAUAAACCAAAAUUUGAUGUUGGAGGUGGAAGGUUUCCAUUCAUUUUUGAUGUUUGUGUCAGUGGAAUGGUGGUUGGCCAGAUCUUGCUGUUUACGAUGAUGCUACUUAAAAAGGCGACUGGACCAGCCCUUGCGGCGAUCAUACCAUUUCUUCCCACCAUAUUCUAUCGAUAUAAGCUUCGAAGGAAGUAUCUUAGAGCUUUUGAGGAUGCUGCCCUCUUGCAGACUUCGUUGUUGGAUGGAUGGGACAAUCAAGAUGAUGCGAUUGACCAGGAUCGGGAAGAGUUCCGAAAAUUCUUAGUUGAUUGUCAUAAAGCUGCCUAUGUACCGGUGUGUAUUGCCAGUGGCGACGCUAGGACGCUUAUAACUGCAGAACCUGCAGUAGUCAUCCCUAUGGAGCGCGAGAUACCAGGUGAUGAGACAAUUGGCCAUGCUUUGUCCGACGAUUCGACAGACAAUUUGCCAUCAACGCUACAGCCGCGGAGAGUCAAGAGUACAACACCAACCUUUAAAUCGCCGCAGCAGAGAGCGCGAAAGUCAAUUGAAGAAGGUGUCGCUUUGCCAAGUCUCCCAAGUCUUCCACUCCACCAACCAGGCGUGAUGAUGCGGCGCCCAAGUUAUACUAUUCGCACUCCACGAGCAGCUCCCGACAGCCCAGUAGCACAUCCUUCUCCGCUAAGUGUGAGGACAACUAUGCCUGCUUCCCCUGGAAAUGGAAGGCGAGCUAGUAAUGGAUCAUCAGGAAGUCGAAGAAGAGCCCGUGAUGUGUCGCCAGGGCAGGAGCGAAGAGGGAGCAAUGGAGUGAAAGCUUCAGGUUCACCUCGGUCCUCUUCCCCAAGAGGGAAUUCCCUGCUUCUUUCCCCCCUCCAACAGUCGCAGAAAAGGCAACCUGGAAAGAUGAUGAGGCGUGCGAGCCGGCGGAUGUCAACAAGCAACUCCUCACUACCUGCUACCCCAGAACUACCAUUCAGCUUUGACUGA